AUGCGAGUCUUGCGUAGCGAAGAGCAACAACCGAUGUACGUCUCGGUACGCGAACCAUGGAGCACUGAUUUUCUCCAACGGCCCCAAUCCAGUUCUGGAUUUGCAUCCACAACAUCAUCGGUCCCUUUCGUCACGAAUAACAGUGAUCUGGCGGCAGCGUCCAUUUUCAACCCGCUGCCUCCUGUUACCGAAGAGGUUUCAAGUCCGGGUGUUUAUGAACUACCGGGAACACCACCGAAUCGUUUCAGUUUCAUAAUAGCUGACGUGGAUGAGGAGGAGGAGGCGACUCAGGAGACGGCUAUGAGGCGUACAGAUGAGAAUGAGGAGUUUCAGGAUACUUAUGAUCUCCGGCAACUAUCAUCAUCUACUUGUUGUGGGGAUGGUCUUUUGUCUUGGAUACAUAAUUUCUAUUGUCUCCCCACAAGCUCUUCCGGGCGGUCCACGAGAAUUCUCAGUCUAAAGCCUCGCCGUAUUGCCCGUCUACCACCCGUGUUGCCUGCCACUUUCCUCCUCGUGGCUUGCUUCUCUAUUGCUUCGGGUAAGCAUUCAGCUACGGUUUAA